CUUUCGACAUUCAACGUUCGACGAACUGCUCGAUUCGGCUCAUCGACUGCAAAAAUAAGCAAAAAUAAAGAAACAAACAAAGAAGUAUUAAUACCUCAACAAUUUUUCGUCCUAAUUUGCAUUAAAAUAAAUUUAUCAAAAUUAACCCUUUCGAUCUUUGAUUAAUUACAAACCUAAUCAAAUUUUUUUUGUGUCCAAUUUUGAUUAGAUUUAUAGACCUAUUUAUAAUAAAACAGUGAUUUUUCAAUUAAAAUGGCGAUUUACUGUAAUUUCGCACUGAAAUCAAAUACGAGUACGAAUAUGAAAUCAAAAACAUCCGUAUGCCAUUUAUCUCCCAAAUUGAAUUGAAACAAAAAUGUACAAACAAAUAAAAUGAUUCGUUUCUUAUUCAACCAUCAAAUGCUUAUCUGUAAACAUUAACAUUAAUUAUAAUAAUUACUAUUUAGUUGAAUAAAACAAAAAAAAAAAAAACUUGAACUUAUUAUUGGUAAAUAAAUAGAAUACGCAAUUAAUUCGCAGUGUCGGCCUCCAAGAAAAACGAAAAGCGAAAAAGAUUAAAUACAAAUUUGUUCGCUAAGGUUUCAGUCUUCAGUGUUGAGUGUUUUAUUUUGUAUUAAAAAAUGUGCGGCCUCGGUGAUCGAUGCACGUCUUCGUCGUUGUGGUUGUCGUUGUCGUUCCCACUCUCAGUUCUCGCCCAAAUCUGAAAAAUCUAUUUUUAUAAAAGUACAACAACUUCAUGUACAUGUAAAGAGUUGUAACUUGGAAAAAUAAAAUAAAAUAUAUAGAAUAGUUCAAGUUGAUAGUUGUAUAGUUAUAUGUUGAAGAGUGAUAGUAUAAGGGCACUAUAGAGGAGACUUUUACGCUAUGAGUUCGAUCUCCUUCUAAGCAUCUUAAUCUCAUAUCAAUAGCAGCGGCGGAUUAUCUGGUUUUCGAUUAGCAAUUGCUGCAGCAGUGGAAAGCGAAACCUUCAGAGAGAUGGAUGGACAAUCAGAGCAGGACCUGCUUAAGGAGCUCCAAACUAUGUGGACAAACUAUGAAGAGGAGCAAAAUGAUAUAGUUAAAAAGGAACAACAACUAAAGCUAUUUCUCUACAAAUUCCAAUUCACUGAAUUGGAUACUUCAUCUGACGAACCAACACCAAUUUCAUGUUUUAUUCAAAGUGUUUUGGAAGAGAUAUGCUCGUUUUUCCUAGAGAGAGUGUAUGACAUCAUUAGUAAGUCUCAUCUUACAACAUCAGCUUCGUCGUUGAAAGAUGAUAACGAUGAGAUUGAUAGUAGUAAAGGCAUUGAAACUAAAUCGGACCCUACCAACAAAACUGAUAAUCCAAACAAAUCGUCAAAAGAUAAACACAAUUUUGCUCAGCUUAUAUUGAGAGCCCCAAGUGACUACAGCAAAAUUGUUGCCCUACGCACCUUUCUCACUCAUGAGAUAGGACACCAUAUUCUAUAUUUUUUACUACGCGUUGAUAUUAAGUUACUUGCAUCCCAACUUAGUCUUUGCAACAUUUGCAUAAAUUUGUUCCCCAAUUGCCAAUGGGAAAGCGACAAUCAAGUUGAAUUGGAACCAAUGAAUUCGGUAAAGGAUUUUCUUGACAAUCUGCUUUUGCAUCAACGUUUAAAAGCUCUUCGAUCACGUGAAUUCAGCCAGUCCUCUGAGUUUAGGUCAACACUUAAUGAUAGCACCAAACUCUGCUUUACUGAGUCCAAACACCAAGAUUUUGAAGCACACAUAAAACAAACUAGAACAAGCGACGAAAUUGCCAUCCUCCUAAUUGAUUUGCUAGAAAAACUAGUCGAUAUCGAGACGGAUAUGGUUCUUAACGAUCAGUCAAUAAGUGUUAUAUGUUGGAAAUUUGGUGUGGAAAAACUCGCCACCAACGAAGAAGUAUUUAGCUCGGGAAAAAAUUCCGAAAUCAUCAAAUGCAACCUAUUGAGCCUAGUUGCCAGAUGCUUUAACAACAUCUGCUGGCAAAGGGAUAAUUUAGCUUCCAUAAAUUUAAACGAAACAAUCAAGAAAUUGAUGAAAGCUCUAGAAAUAACUCCACACCCUCAGAUUAUCUUUGGAAUUAUCUACUUGGUUUUUGGACUUAUGAACAAUGUAAUUGCACUGUCCAAUGGAAAAUUUCACAAUGCAUUGAAAUUCAUCGAUGAAGACUCCUUGGAUAUGUGUGUUUCCAAAUUAUCCGACUUAUUGGCCAAACAUGCUACAGAAUUAGCUCCACUUUUCGCAAAAAUUGUUAAAGUGCUUCAAAAAAUUAUUGACAAUCUGAACAAAAACUCACCCAGUAAGUCGAAAAAACAUCGUAAGAAAUUCAAAGGAAUCUUGCAGCAGCAUUGCCUGCGAAAUAAUUUUCCUUGUUUCUUUCAAAAGAUUCUCAUUAACAUAGCCCAACACCUGCCGCUUGACUUGCAGAACUAUGUACUUCGUUAUCUGCAGCGACAAGGCGUCUGUUGUUGCCUCUGCAACACCGACACCAUGAAAAUAUUUUUCAGUCAGUCCAUCGAUGUGGAGAAUCUAAAGUACGCUUACAGUUUUGUGCACCAAAAACUUUUGACUACUGUCUUUCUGCGCAAUAACUGCACUAGUUGCGAAUUCAAGCUUAAAUCAAACGAAUUCCAUAAGGAAGUUUUUGAAAUAUACAAAACCAAGUUCGAUGAGAUAAGGAAUGUGGCUGAAUAUAAACGAUUUCUAAAGCAUCUCAAACACAUAUCACACUUGAUAAGCUUCGACAUAUCAACAGGUAUAUUGGCCAAUAUUGUUUUGCCAAUAUUCCGAACCCAUAAAGAGCAACAAUUCCUGACCUGUGAUGAUAGUAAUCGAAUACUCAUUGAGUGUCUUAACAUUUUUAUUACAUAUCUAAGUGAUGUGAGACUGAUAAAGGCGUUUUACAAUGACGAGAACAUAACACAUCUGGAAGAUCUGUUGCAUCGGCCUGAGUUUGUUCGACCCGUGUGUGAUUUGAUUAAGAUUGGCAUUGAAAAUGCCGCCUUUUUAGGAGAUAACAGUCAAGAGCAAGUGGUGUUGAGUAAGCGACUCAUAGCAUUGCAAUUGAAUGGAACCGUCACAUCAACAAAAUGGAUCAAUGGAAUGCUUAGAAACUUAAAUAUCGACAAGAUGAUAUGGCUUGAUAAUGAAGAUGAAUGCCUUGACAAUGCGGAAAUAAAUGCAUUUCAUACACUACAUAUCGCUUCCAGACAUUGGUAUUUGAAUUAUCAGCUAUUGAAAAGUAGCCAACAAUUUCAGAGUGAAUUUGCGGAGCAAUUUACGGAGACAGAUUUGAUGAAACUAGCAUGCAACACGUUAAGUUGUUUUCUAUUGUUCUCUCGAGAAAUGGAUAUGGUUUCACAACAUACCGAACAAUGCCAAACACCUAUGUUUGAAUCUCUACCUUUGAAUAGUCUCCUAUCUUCAGUAUCCUCAGUACAAACUUCCAUGACUGAAGCAUCGGAGCCACCGAAUUUCGAUGAGGUCAUUAAGUUUUAUAACGAUUUUGGAGUGAAAGGAUUUUUAGACAAACUUCAAAGCAACACGACCACCGACGAGAGUAUUGUUCUUUUUGAUAUCAAAAAUCAACUAAUGUCACUUUCACAUGGCCAAAUGACGGAGGGUCAACAAAAACUUUUGGCCAUAGAGGAGUCGGCAGUGACGGAAGACCAAAAGAGUCUACUAGGGCGAAUAUUUGGUUACCUGUUUGGUUCGGAAUCGAAUUCUACGAAUAACCUAAAGGAGUCUGAUGAAACGGCAACUGAUGUUAGUGAUGUUAAAUCAGAACUACAAUGUCUUUGCAAGCCAGGUGACUGCAAAAACCUGCUGCUAAAGUUGUUCGAAUCCGCAAUGGCUGUGUAUGUUCGAGAGAAUAAAGAGAAUUCCACCGAGGCAAUGCAAAAGAAUUUACGAAAGCUUAAGUCGAUAAUACUAUCGCGUGCAGUGCAAGAUUGGAAUCAGGCCGAUCCGAGUAUAACCGCAGUUACAUUGGCUCUGCAAUCGUUACUGAAAAUCGCCGAAUUAACGGGAACAUUUCCCAACGAAGAACCACAUCCGAUUAACCAAAGGGAUGAAGUUGGCGCUCAUAGAACCACCGCCGAUGGUGUUGACGAACCAACGAUGGUCUCAACUGAAAGCGAAGCAGACUUCUAUUCAACCAGAGCCAGUUUGAUAUGUGCUGACAGUGAAAUAGACUUCAGCGAGAACGAUACAGAGGAGUUCUAUCUAACAGCCGACGAAGGUUACGAAGCUGACGGUGAAAUACCUGGAAUGUCUGAGAGUGAAGAAGAAAUCGAAGAUUUAUGGGUUCCUUUUACGCCGUCUUCACGAUAUCGGACCCAUGUUGUGCAUAGUGGCAUUUCUAAGAUAGUCACAGAGAUUCUUGUUGAAUUGUCUUUGAAAUGUUCUCAGAAUCCGAGUGCAGCGUGGGCUAGUAGCUUGAGUCAAUUAGCGGCUAGGAUGUUUGUAAUUCGUGAUUUUCUUGGUGGACCUUUGUUUAUUUUGCAAGGAUUUUUACCACUUCUUCAGAGUAAUGAUGCAAAACUUAGAGAGCUGCAGCAAACGAUAUUAGAUCUUGUGGUUGAUCUCAACUCUCCUGAUGUAUUGUCUACGUAUUUCAGUAUAUUGGCAUCGAAGAACCCCCCUGUUGACAUUCUGAUAAAGUAUAUGUCGUAUAUUUGUUCGAGUAAUCUAAAAAAACAGCCCAGUGUUGAGAUCGAGUUCCCUAUGCUGAAUGAUGGAAGAUGCAUAUCGUCGACUGAUCCCCUUAUAGCAGAACAAAUUGAGCGGGUACGCUCCUAUCACCUUUACAAUCAUGCCAAUACAGCUUUUCUUCGAUCUGCCUGCGUCCUGCCAAUAACUCAUGCUAAGUUGUGGGGCCCUGAUGGUUUAACGGUAUCUUUGUGGAUGCAAAUGAAAAGCAGUAUGCCGCACAGAAGUGCCAGUCAGAUAAUUGAAGACGAUAUUAAAAUUUCAUGCGAGGAGGGCGUACGUACACAUAUUCUUUCUGUUGGAAGCAAUCAAGCGAUAAUAAGUGUUUACGUAAACAGCAAUAUGAAUCUGGUAUUCGAAAGCAGUAAACCAAAUGCAGAGCUCUCACCGAAAAGUCCAAUGAAUGAAGACAAUUCGUUUAUGAAUAAAGAAAAUGUUUCUACCAACACCACGUCUCAAGCAAUAAGUCCGUCGCCUUUCCGGAAUGCUCUUAAACACACAAAACUUGUCAUCCUCAACAGUUUCAAUCACAUGCAUUUAUUCCAUGGUCACGGUGCUACGGACGGCUAUUUUGAGGGUUCCAGCGUUGAGCUGAAAUACUUUCGCCUAAGCCGAUCCAAAUGGACGCAUUUAUGUUUUGCAGUUGAUUUGGCAUCGGAUCGAUUCAAUUUGACAGUGACUCUGGAUGGUCUGGAACAGCAUUCGAUAAGUUUACCAUUUCGAAAUGUUCGCAAUUUGACAAGAACCUCAACUUUUCAAUUACUCUCGCUGGGUGAUAGCAUACCAAAGGCAAAUUGUAAUGAUUCCCUGGAAUGUGUUAAUGGCACUCCACUUAAGUUUUCAAUUUCGAAUGUUAUUUUGUUUAAUCGAAAAAUUUCCGAUAAGGAAAUAAUUCAGUACUUGACUUCAAUGGGACCUGAUUUUGUAGAUAUAACACAGUGCCAGGUUGGUGCGUGGAAACCAAAUUUUGGUUAUCUAAACCUCAAUAAGUCUUUCAAUGUAAAUGUUGGAAGUUUUCAAGAUGCAAUGAAAGUUUUUAGAGAAUCUCGAUUUUGUGCAUAUUCAGCUAGCGAUCCGACAACAAUAAUGGCCUAUGAUCAGACAUCAGAUUGUGACAACACUAGUGGUAAGAAUUUUGGAAUAAUGCUUUACGGCGAAUUGUGCCGCAAUGAACUGCAAUCAGUUCAAACCUCGACUAUACUAUGCGGGGGACUUUCAACACUGCUGUACCUGUUUGCAAGAGUUGUUGAGCUCACAUCUGAUUCCGCGACGCAGUCCAUGUCAUUGGAUCUUUUGCUAAGCGUGGCUCUGUCCGACUCUCAUCUUUAUACUGAAUUCAUGCGAAACGAUUACUUCAGCCUAAUUGGCUAUGUAAUCAAAACUGACCGAUGUACAAAAGAUGUUUAUUUACUUGCGAGCAUUAUAAACAAUGCCUGCACUCAACCAGUGAUAAUGAAAAAGGCCUCAGCAAUUCAUGUGAAUGAAAACACAAUCGCAUGUGUGGCCCAUCCAAUGCUGAUUACGAAAAUACUACAUCGCUAUUCUGAUUGGCAUCGCUCAGGAUCCGAAAGCUCAGAAGUGCUAGAGCUUCUUUUUAAAACAAUAAUAGCACUGGUAAGAGAUAAGCAUCCUUGCAAGGAAUUCAAUAUGAAGCAGUUGAAUCGGGCUGGUCUGGUGAAAGAACUUCUCAAUCUUUGCAAAGUUUACGUUGUAGAGUCCCCAAAUCCUAUCCAUAUAUCGAUAGACGCAGCCAAUUAUUUUGUUAACAUUUUGAGCAUCUUUGCUGGUUCACCGCCAUCGGCUUCUCUCAUGGACGAGAUCAUGAAGCUACUUCUAUUGCUGCAUAAACCAAGUGAAUGUUUUAUCACUCAUGAUCGCUCAAAUUUAUACUUCUUACUUAGCACCGAAAGUCCAGUGAAAGAAAAAGGUUUAGGUUUACAAAUUCCAAGAAGGCAGCUAAAGCAGAUAUUUCGGGAACGCAAACGUUCGUCAAGUACGAGUUUAUUUCGAGCAGCUAAGCCCCCACGCAUCAUUAAAGACUCCUCCUCAAAUGGUGAUAGUUUGAGAUUCAAUGGUGGAAUUGCAAGAAGAAAUUCGGAUUUGAAUCUCGAAAGCAUAGCAAAUUGUUCAAGAUUGAAUCAAAACGAAAUACGAAUGCUAUUACCCUUAGAGCCCUCUAAAUGGAGAUUGAAAAUCAAGAGACAUACAUUACAUCAUAUACCGCACAGUAGUCCGAGAAACUCACCCCAGAAAAUGAUUCGCAAACGAGUUCGGGCGACAUCAAAAGCUCCGAAUCUGAAUCACAACGAGAAAAAGAGUCGCCUCGAAAGUCCACACUCUGAUUCAAGCCCACCUUCUUCACAAGAUGAACAAAGUGGAAUUCUAUCCAAAGAAGGCUUCAAAUGGCCGCUAGAAAAUUCUUUUUUCACUAAAAAGAAAUCAAAGACAAUGUUCAAGACUGAUUUUUAUAGCGCACCUGGAAUAAUGAAGCUACAAGAGCGCCUUUUUAUAUUGCUCAAAGAUUUUCUCUUCCUUUUGCCGGACAAUAUUGUCGAAGAGGUUCUUACCCAUUAUGUUAAGAUGGAAAUCCUUUUAGUACUCGCCAACCACACAAGUUCGACUGUUCGUACAGCAAUUCUCAAGCUAUUGACUGCUCUCACCAAAAGAAUUCCCCCGAGUGAACUUGGGGUAUUUACUAAAAAGUUCUAUCCUCAACAUUUGGCAAAUCAAUUGGCUAUUUAUGCGACUGAUUUGAAUAUGUUGGAGACGUGUUUGGAGUGGGUUACGGGGCUGUAUGGAAGUCUGGAAGCUUUUUUCGAAUACGAGUACAUAUCCAUACAAAAUCGUUUCGGUUUGCAUUCAUUGCUUUCAAUAUUAACAAAUACAGAAGCACAAGCCGGCUUUUUGGCAAAGGCGUUUAAAGUGUUAAGAACUAUUUAUCUGACGGAUCCAGAGGAUAAUCACAGUCUAAUUGAAACUGGACUAAUUCAGUGUUGUAUGAAGGCAUUGCACAAUAUUUACGUCAAGCCCAAAGUAUCGAAUACGGUUACAGAAGAAUCGAUCACAGAACUUCUAACUUCUGUCGGAGAGAGAGCUAUUAAAUCCACGGGACAAAUAAACAUUAUUUGGGAUAUAUUAAAUAUGCUGUCAUUUUAUCAAAUCAACAACCCGAUAAAUGUGGUAAAAGGCUUUCGCUCAGUACAGGGUAAACUUCAGCUCAAUUGGUUGGAUCUCUUCUUCAGAAACCGAGUUCCAAGUUCAAACUUUAAAGUUACUGUGUUACCAAAUUCUUCUAUCAAUCUUUCCGAAACAAAAACAAGGCUUGACCUGCUUAUUGAUCGCUGUUCACAGUUCUUCACAAAUUUCGGCCCUACGUACAUGCCUAACGAAAACGAGCUGAAACUUUUUGAACAACUCGUGUUGUUUGGCAUCUCUACCAACACAAGAUGUAAUAAUUUUAUAGCCUGGGGAUUGUUAUCCUCACGGCCGUUUGAGAUCCGACAGUUUAUCAUUGAUGCGUUAUGGAUGUCCUGCCAAAAUGAAACGCUCCCAACGAUCAUUUGUGAUGGUAAAAUGAUCAAGUCGCUUUUGUGGUUAUGUCUCCUUGAACAGAGAUCAAAUAAUGAAAAGCCCAUAGACAACCUUGACCAGCUUUGCUUGCGCCUCGGCAUAAAGGACACGGAUACGAUCUGGAAUUUAGAACAAGAACUCGAACGCUUCGAACAAAAUCGAAACAACGUAUCCGCCAAACACAAGCUUAUGUUGGAGAAGACCAUUCAUAAAUUCGAAUCGUUAGCCAUGAGCUGCAUUGAAACUUCAAUGGUUAUAACGAGAGUAGUUGCUGAAUUACAGGUUUGUUUGAAUUCCGAACGAAAAAUUCUCAUGAACCAUAUGAAGGAGUACGAUGAGAACUAUACCUUCCAUAAGUGGUUAGAGAUCAUCCGUCGAAUGACCCAUGAAGGUGCGCCUUGGUUUUCAAUCGAUCGAAGUGAAACGUCUUUUGAGUUAGAUGAUACAGAGGGACCCUCUAGAGUUCACACUCGUCUGCGGCGUUGUCAUUUGGACAUUGACAAACGCUUUAUAAUGGAGGACUAUAGACAGAUUGGCAGAGAGGAGCAGCAUCGUGUUGAGUUUAUUCGACCUCUAGAUUAUCUGAUAUCCAGCUACGAUCAGCAGCUAAAUAUAUCACUUAAUUCUCAAAUUCUUUACAACUUCCCUGCCAAAUACCUGCCCGUAGACGCGGAAAUAGAUGGAGAAAUAAUCAUAACCGAUCAUAAAUUGUACUUUAUAGCAACUUAUCGGUGUAAAUACUUUUAUGUAACGUGCGAUGUUGAGAACAUAACCGAAAUCUGGCUCAAACGCUAUCAACAUCAAGAGAAAGCUUUUGAAAUAUUCCUCGAGACAAAUAAAUCGCUUUUGUUUUCUCUGCAAAACCAAGACGACUGGAAGAUUAUGAAGGAAGUUUUUCUCGAUAAGAUUGUGGUAUGUCCGGAUCAGAAUAAAAUUCUUCUCAUUACACAACAAUGGCGUGAGGGUCUUCUCACCAAUUGGGAGUACAUAAUGACAUUGAAUCAAAUCGCCGGCAGAACGUACAAUGAUCUCAUGCAAUAUCCAGUAUUUCCAUGGAUCUUAGCUAACUACACAACAGAUGUCUUGGAUCUGACGGAUAAGAAGAACUUUAGAAAGCUAGAAAAGCCAAUAGCGGUACAGCACGAGGAGAACGAACAGCAUUAUGUGAAUAAUUAUACGUAUAUAAAUAAUACAAUGACAAGUAUGGGUACUCUUCAGAUAAAACCAUAUCACUACAGUUCACACUAUUCGAACUCUGGAACUGUGUUGCAUUUUCUUGUGCGAGUUCCACCUUUCACAAGCUACUUUUUGAGAUACCAAGACAACAAUUUUGACCUGCCUGAUCGAACAUUUCAUUCACUGGCUACAACUUGGAGUCUCGCCAGCAAAGACAGUCCGACAGAUGUAAAAGAGCUUAUUCCGGAAUUCUUCUGUCUGCCGGAAAUGUUUGAAAAUUUUGAACGUUUCGAUUUUGGCUGCCGACAGUCGGGCGAGAGAGUCGAAGAUGUUCUUUUGCCGCCUUGGUGCUUACGAGAUCCUCGUUUAUUUGUACUUAUACACCGACAGGCUCUUGAAUCGGAAAUUGUUCGACAAAACAUACAUAAUUGGAUCGAUUUGAUAUUUGGUCACAAUCAAACGGGCCAAAAUGCAGUUGACACCAUUAAUGUUUUUCAUCCAGCUACAUAUGCGGUGUUUCUGGAAUCAGAGAUUACAGACCCAAUAGAGAGAAAAGCCGUUGAGACAAUGGUGAAGACUUACGGUCAAAUGCCAAAACAGCUAUUUAAGACAGCGCAUCCAUCUUCAAAACCAUUGAAUUAUUGCUUGGGCGAGAGAGAAGUUAUACCCACAGCCAAAGGUCUACGUUGGGGUGUGUUCCUAGGAUCACCACAACUCCCUACACCUACAUUAGGAAACAUUAAUAAACUGCCUGGUUCUGACUUUUUGGUUUCAUUCAACAAUACAAAUAUGGUUUAUGGUCUACCGGCAAAGUCUUGUGUUAUGCAAGGUCCUGACACUGAUACUUUUAAUGUGAUAUCUUGGGGUUACGACGAUCGAAUCGUUCGCAUCCAACCUCUCAGUGAUACCCAAACCAAGUCAAAGGCUUUGCUAUUCAAUAGUUCCUUUGACGAUAUAACUUGUUGUGGAUCGGAUGCAAAUUCAAAUCUUCUAUUUUGUGGACACAAGUCAGGGCGAAUAAGUGUGUAUAAAUGUUCAAGUGUCGAUACAACACGUAUUGCCAAAAGUCGCCAAAACUAUGUUAAAGGUAUCAAAUUAUCAUACAACUCUGCCUUCCGAAAGAUCAGCCCCAAGAGUAGUUUGAAAAUAGACGACUUAGAACAAACGACAGAAGUUCAAAGAAAUAAUGUUGGAGUUGAGUUGACGUGGUCAGGCCCGACAAUUCUCAUUCGACACACUGAUGAAAUAACAACUAUUUGUUUAUCUGUGGAAUUUAAAAUUGCUGUGUCAGCGGGAAAGGAUGGCAUUGCUGUGAUAUGGGAUCUGAAUGACUUAAGCUAUAUACGUACGAUAGAGCGCCCAGCUGAAAUUCACCAUUCUCCAAUCAAUUUAACAGCAAUUAGUUCGACAUUGGGUGACAUAGUGACGGUGCACUCGAUUCCAAGGAAUGAGAGUGACCAAUCAAGUACUCCAGUUCAAGCUGACGAAUGUUUCGAAGUAACAGAAGAGAGCUUAGAUGACUUUGUAAAUGUUUCUGUGAACCCAAGUGGAAAGUCAAUUCUGCGUCUGCAUUCGGUGAAUGCUCGAUACGUUAACCACAUAGUGCAUGAGGAUAGUAUUUUGGCUGUGUGUUAUUCUUACAUCAAAGAAGGAGUGGGAGUGAAUGUAAUUGCGACGGCAGUAGAAGGUGGCAUAGUUCGGCUGUGGUCAAGUUGGAAUUUGAGUUUUGUCACAGAAAUCGCAACUGGUAUAUCAAACAUCAAAAGCAUUGCAUAUUCAACUCAUCAGCAUUUGGUCGUGCUAACUAAGGAUUCUUAUAUUCAAGUGUGGGAGUCGGAAGGUUUAUAUGGAAAUCCACCAAAAUUCCCGCAAAUUGUUUUCAAAUAAAAUCUGUGUGCUCAUUAAUUAUUGCUAAUUUAAUUGGUUUACUGAUAAUUAUUAUUAAUAUUAUUAUUAUUGUAUUGUAUAGAAUAAUGUUAUUGUGUGGAUGAGGUGAUCAUAUUAUUUUUGUUCCAUAAAGUGAAUUGUGCUUGAUAUUUUUUGUAGCUAUUAAGUGUGUUUAAAUGCAUUAGUAUAUUUGAUAAAAUUCUA